CCCAUGAAAACCCUAAUUUGUCCUGAACGCUAAUAUUCUCUCCAGCCCUAACCAUAACCAUGAAUCCCUUUGAUGAAAACGAGCCUUAUUGCCACUUAAAUCAGUUAAAUGUGCCUACGCUUCAUGUGCCGAAAAACGAAGCCGCAAAAAACCCAGACCCUUUAACCCUCCCUGAAGAUACAGAAAUCUUGGAAGCCACGGAAGCUUUGGAGGUACCUGUGGAACCAGAGUUUGAGUUGUUGGCUGCCAUGGAUUCAGAGUCUGACAAGUACUUGUAUGGGGAUUCAAUGUCUGACUUGGAAAGUUAUUAUGCCCCCAAAAACGAUGAUAUCAUAGUGCCUCAAAAUCCCAACAUGAGUGGUGUUUGUGACAUGUGCUUGAAUAGGCUGCCUGAGAAAGGAUACUGUAAUUAUGGUUUUGAUAAUCAAACAUUUUGUAGCAUUGAGUGCUGUGACAAACAGAUUGUCGUUGACAGGAUGAUAUCAACAGAGGCCAAUUUAGCCAAGCUAGAUCUUCGUGACGAGCCAAAACAAGUGAAGUUGUUUGGUGUUUGUUUAAAACACCCAUAGAUUGGCAGUAACCUAAGAUUUGCUAUGCAGUUUUGCCUACACUUUACAUUAUCUUCAUGGCUCAUUGUUGAUAGUAUAUAUUGUUUAUAAGUGGAAGACAAUGAUUUGAACUUAAUGGUAGUAGUUUAGUAAAAUAUAGUUACCAUAUGAGUACAUCUGCAGCCUUUUCUUUUAAUGAAAAAUAAAUAUAUAAA